ACUACGAGAGAGAAACAAGAAGGGAUUCUAAGACUGUCAAAGUUUGCUUUGGGUCUUCAAACCCGCGGACGGCGCUCUGUGUUCAGCCGGUAUCAGCGAGCGGACCAGGUAAAUCUGGUAGAUGCUGUCAUGCCAUUUGGGUGCCUUGCCCUACGAGAUGGAAGGACGUACCACAGCCUGUCAGACAUCACUGAUAAAUAUGAGAUCGGGCAGGUUCUAAAGGCGAAGGAGUUUUGCGAGCUGUGCCUGGUUAAGGAACGACAGACAGACAAGGUCUAUGUGUGCAAGAAAUUCCUCAAGAAAGAUGGCAAAAAAGUGCGGAAGGCUGCCAAGAAUGAGAUCAUGAUCCUGAAAAUGGUCAACCACCCAAACAUUCUGAAGCUGAUAGAUGCAUUUGAGACCAGGAAAGAGUUUUACAUCAUCCAAGAGCUGGCCACAGGUGGGGAUGUGUUUGAUUGGAUCCUGGAUCAAGGGAACUACACAGAGAGAGAUGCUGCCAACGUAAUCCGACAGGUCCUAGAGGCGGUGGCUUACCUCCACUCCCUUAACAUAGUUCACAGGAACUUGAAGCUGGAAAAUUUGAUGUACUACACAGAAAACAACCACAAAAAAGUAGUUCUUCGUGAUUUCUAUCUCUCCCGGUUUGAGAAUGGCUCCAUCACCGAACCCUGUGGAACACCGGAGUAUCUGGCCCCAGAGGUGGUAGCUCGACAUCGGUAUGGAAGGCCAGUGGAUUGCUGGGCCAUUGGGGUCAUCAUGUACAUGCUGCUGUCAGGAAAUCCUCCCUUCUAUGAUGAGACAGAAGAGGAGAACACAGACAUGCACAAUCGUAUUAUCUUCUGCCGGAUUGUUGCUGGAGACUAUGAGUUUGACUCUCCGUACUGGGAUGACAUUUCACCUGCAGCUAAAGAGUUGGUGUGUCGGCUGAUGGAGGUUGACCAGAUGCUACGAAUUACAGCACAAGAUGCUCUGUUUCAUGAGUGGAUUGCUGGAAAUGGAGCCUCAGAAAAAAACCUGAAGGAUGGAGUGUGUGCACAGUUUGAGAAGAACUUUGCAAAAGCCAAGUGGAGGAUGACAAGGACAGUUUUGAUGAGGAUGUGCAUGACAGAAUUACUGGUGAUUCAUAUGAGACUAAGGGUUCUGAUUACUCUGUUAAUCAUUUCCUUUCCCCUUGCAUGGGAUACCCAGGAGCUGAAGAAAGCGAUUAGAGUCACUACAUUCAUGCAGCGUCUUCGCGCGUCAGAGCUAAGUUCAGCAGAAGCGGCAAAAGAAGGACGGAGGGGUGUCCAGGCUGAUGGAGGAGGAAGUGAAGGAGUCCCCACUGACUCAGGGGGAGGUUUAUCUGUGAGCAUGUCCAAUGAGGUGAUGGUGGAAAACACACUAACUGAGUCUCAAGAGAGCAAAUUGCAAGAAGAGAAAGAGAUGGCAGUUACAAAUUCCCUCUCAGAAACGUCAAAAUCACUCGCACAAACUGACUCCUCAACCCAGACUCAACGGGAGGAGCAGAACAAGGUAGUUGAGAAGAAAGCAAGUGUGGAUGACUCUCACAAAAUAGCAGCUGUUUUGGGCCAGGAAAAACCAAUGGCAUGCGAGGAACCCACCUCCAAUAUAUACACGAAAUCCUCUGACUGCCAAAGAAACAAAUUUACCACAGAGAAAGAGGCCACCGACAAGAAAGUAGCACCCGAUACCCCAAACCGCCGUAGAAUGGCUGCUAAUUUGUCUCUGGAUCAUGGGUUAGGGCAUGGUACCAAGACAAGCAGUCCAGCUGUUGAGAAAGAGCAGGCAGCAUCAAAGGAGGAGAAGGCAGAGACAGCAAGUAAGCAGGAAAAAUCCCCUGGAAGCUGGUGUCAGACCCAGCUUCCAGAGACAGUAGCGGAGGGGCAGAUAGGUGCUGGGACGAUAGGAGAGAGUAGUCCUAGCAGCAGAGAAAAGGAAGGAGGCAUAAGAGAUAAAUCAGGAAAACAUGCACAUAGUUUGUAUGCUAGUAAAGAAUCUUCAAGUUUGGGUCGUAAGAAGACUGUGUAUGUGCAAGAACAGAGAGAUACAAGCCAUGCUGCUGCUUGUAGGAAUGUAUGCUGUCCUCCUUACUCUGUUAGCAGCGGGGCAGCAUACAAUGAUCUACAAGGAGAGGAUGCCAGUUCCGACUGGCAAAUGGACAGCGUGAUUGAAGAGAUCGAAAAGCAAAUGGCAGCUGUUCUUGAGAAGAUCGAAGGUGAUAUGCCCUCCCUAUUGGAGCAGAUCAGGGACUGUCCUGAGAGUUUGCCAAAAUCAAAAAGCGCCCAAUCUUCUCCUUCAGUUCAUCACCGAUCCUACCAAGACCGUUCUACUCCGCCUCCUUUACCUACCACCCCAAGGCCACCCAUGCCCUCUUUACCACACCUCACUAUUCCACCGCCCUCUUACCCACCUCCAAUCCCACCCAGUCAAACCCAAACUAACAGCCAAUUGGUCACUGAGCAGGGUGAUAGAGAUGGACAGAGGAGUGCUGCAAGACUGACCCAGUCCCCGAGAGGAGGCGUGUCAAGCAGAGGCUUAUGAAGCUUAUAUGAGCAAAAAAAAAUGAUAAGAGGAGCUUAGAACGAGUCAUGGAUGUCAAAGAAGCAGCUUUGAUGCUGUACAAAAAUUUGUAAAAUCUAAAUUAUAGAGUAGCUUUGCUCCUCUUUGCUUUUUAGUCAAGAAGAGUCACGACCAGCUGUGUUUGUGCUGAAGAUGGUUUCUAGCAGAAAAACACAAUUACAUGUUUGAGCCUUUGGGGACUGUUAUGUACAUAAAAUUAUAGUGUAACAUCCCCUUAUGUGCAUUUUCGGACACAGCUUAUGUACACCACAUAACAAUGGAACGUGAGAUGAGACUAGUGCUUGAAAUACCUGUAAAUAUGCGUAUGUGGCAUUACAAUAUUACAGAGAGCACUCAUAUUUUCCACGAGUAAUUUCAUAACCAUAAUCCAGUGGUCUACGUUUAAGCAAUCAGAAGAAAGGGUGUUAGACAUGUACAGUGUAGAAUAAAGUUCAGCCUAAAAGAAAACACAGGCACAUAUUCUUCUUAAUGGUAAUGGUCACUGUAUAUACCAGUUACUUUAGCAAUUAUAGUCCAGUUACUGCACCGCUGCCAUCAACCGCCAUUCAUGCACAUAGCAUUCUCAUGGAAAUAUAGCACACUGGGGCAACAGAAACAGCCUGGGAAGAAUACUAUUUUGUAGAACUAGAAUCAGAAUAAGAAUAUAUAUUUGCAAUAUCAACUGAAAAAGCUAUGUUCAUUAUUCUUAUUCUGUACAGUUCAUCCUGUACAUACUAUUUCUGCAUGUCUUUUUAAUCUAAGUUUAUGUUUGUCCUAAUUGAUAGUAACUUAGUGAGACUAGCCAGACAUUUCCCUUCUCAUCUGAUU